AUUAAUUUAAUUUAGUCAUUCUAAUCUAAUUCUGUUGUCCAGCCGGCUAAACCAUAUAGGAAAUUUCCUCAUUAACAGGAUAAUUAUGUAUUUAAAUAUAUUGUGUUAUUUUUAACCAUAUCUCGGACAGUUUAUAUAUAUAAAACUGUUUGAAAAUGGUGAAUGUUUGGACUUUAGUAUUUUUGGUGUAUAGUUUUCAAUUAGUCAAUGGAGAGGCAGUGGAAUCCAGCACUGUAUCCACUUCAAGUCAAGAGGCUGCAAUACCAGAUGAAUCUCAAGCCCGUACAAUAUCAGCUGAACUGAGAGAAUGCGGUUUACGAAUAACAGGACCAGGUUUGAAAUGGGAGAAAGCGAAAGUUGAUGAUUGCUCCACAGCGUACGCUGAUCUACCAGAGAUACCAAAAAUUAAUGGAGAAGCAGGUGCUCAAGGAAGGCAAGGGUUUAUGGGAGAAAAAGGCAUUCAAGGACCACGUGGGUUAGAGGGGGAGAAAGGUGACAAAGGACCGAUAGGUGAAGCUGGUAGUGGGGGAGAAAAGGGGGAUCGAGGUUCUACCGGACUCAAAGGAGCGAAGGGUGAACAAGGUGCGUCAAUUCCUGGCCUUCAGGGGCCUCCCGGUCCACCAGGCCCUGAUGAUGUAUACAGCCAUCUUUUGUAUGUCGAAUUACCGAAGAACGACGUCAUAAUUGAUGUAUCAAUGCCUGAACCGGGCAAGAAGAAUCCCGGUUCCCAGAAGAAUCCAGCGAGAUCGUGCGCAAACAUUGAAUCUGAGGGCGAUACUGAUGGAUAUUACUAUCUAAACCCCGAAAGCGAGUUUAUGGCGAAGUGUGAUUUUGAAAAACAAAGCGCCUGUCUAAGUCUACCGUAUAUAGAGAAACCUACACUAUGCGACAGGAAGCCAUGUUGGCUGUUCAAGCCUGGGUUCAAUAUUAGGAAAUUUUAUGGUGAUCAAUUACACAAUAUAAAAUAUCUAAGCACCUUAAACGGAACGACACAUUCCACUCACACGUUUUCCAUUUCUUGCAAAUACCUGAGAUUGAGUGAAGAUUCCAAUUUGCAAAUACAAUUAAAUCACAUGCUGUUAAUUGGAAAUGAAGCGUCGGACGAGACGCCAUUGUAUUAUAUAGUCCAAAGUGACGAUUGUACUUCAGAGAAUGAGGAGGGAUCUGCUGAAAUAGUAUUGACAAUAAAUGGUCCGUUCUUACCAAUCACGGACUUUUAUAUAAGAGAUUUUAAUGAAGAAUCUGAACUUACAUUUGAAAUAACUCAUGUUUGUUUUUAUUAUAAAUAAACGUACAAUAAAUUUGUUAUUUUUGUGAAGAAAAUAAAUCUAUUAAUGUGUCCAAAUUUA